AUGUAUGUUUGUCAAGAAUUGUAAUGUAUUGAACUACAGAAUAACAAGUUACUUUGUUAAAAAUGUUUAUGUUAACAUCGAGGUGUAAAUUAUAUUAAAUUAAAGGAGAGGGCCUUUAAUAACUAUAAUUAAUACAAAAGUAAUUUGGAACAGGAUAUCGCAGAUAAUUCAGAUUUGAAAAAAAAAAUAGAGUAAGAUAUUACAGAAAUAUAAUCAAAAAUUUUCAAAAUUUUUUCUGAUUUAUAAAAAAAUUUGAUUGAAUUUGUUGAUCAAUAAAGUAGAAAAAUAUCGAGGAAUAAAACAAAUGCAGAAAAGUUAAUGCAAGAUUCUAAUCCCUCGCUUGAUACCUACAUAUAUUUUGCUAAAUUUUCUGUUGAUAAAAAAGUCCAUGAGUAGGCCAAAUAAUAAAUUACAUAAACAAUUGAUGAUUUAAUUUCGGAUCUCAAAUAAAAAAUAGAUUAUUUAAAGCCAUCAACCAUUAAUGAAAACAUUAUAAAAAUCGAGGAACAAUCAUUUAAAAUUGAAUCUUUCUUUUAGAAAAAAUCUCCUUUCGGAUACUGUAAUGAACAUUGUAAAUAGAAAUCUUCAAUAUGCACCAAUAUUACAUGUUUAGAGUUAAAUGAUUUAGAAUAUCAUUGUGAAAGAUGUAGCAAAACUUCUCAUGCUGAGCAUUUUUAAAAAGAUUUUUUAUAGGAGUAUGAUAAGUUGAAAAAAGAAUAAAAAGCGAAAUUAGAUUUGAUUUCAAAUGAAAAACAAGAAAUUAAAUUAAAGGCUUAAAAAGUAAUAAAUGAUUUGAUAAAUGAUCUAAAAAAAUUACAGAAAGAAUCAUAUUUUAAAUAUGAAGAGGUGAUAAAAAUUAUAAAAGUAUUUUUUUAAGAUUUUGAAAAAGAUUUGUCUUAACAAGAUACUAAAUAUGUCUUUGGUGAUUUGUUAUUCUAAAUAAUUUCCACUAAAGAAGAAGAAUUUUAGUUGAAACUGAAUCAGCAAUACCAAAAUUUUGAAGAAAAGCUCAAAAGUUGUAGGAAAGAUAAUGCAGUAUAAUUUUCAGAAGAAUGCUAGAAGUUAUAAGAGAAAUAGGAUGAGAUUUUUAAACUAAAGAAAACUAUAAAAGAACUAGAAUUGGCGAUUAAUGAAAAAGACUAACUGAUAAAAAAACAGUCUCCAGAAAAUUAACUUAAAGUGAUAUAGAAUAACACAGAAUAAAUUUUAAAAGCAGUGUCAUAAUAAUUUAAAAGCGUUUCAGGGGUUAACAAUAUUAGUUUGUAAUCAAAACCGAAAUUGUAAUAAUAAAAUGUAGAAUUAAAUUAGCCAAUUCAGGAGUAAGUAUUAAAUUAAUAAAACUAAUAAAACUAAUAUAACUCAUAUAACUAAUAACAAUUAUCAUUAUCAAAUGUUAGAUAUUAUGAACACCAAAUGUAACCAAACCUAUCAUAAUAGUAAUAUUUUAGGCAAAAUAAAUGA